UGAAUCUGAAAUUCCCGUGUGCUGUCCUUCUGGAACACGGACGUGAGCAACUGUGCAGACUAAUUGCGGAAUUUGAACUGGUCCACAAACGUGCCGGGAAUUUGAAGUAUGUCUACGAGGGACUGGUAGCCGGAAAAAUGUACAAGGAACUGAUGGCGUUUCGCUCCGACUGGAAACGCUUUGAGCCGCAGCUGUACCGCGCUGUGAUGGAGGGCAAAGAUCUGCUGGAGCAGUUCAAAACGUUGAACGAAGAUACUGCGGAUGACGAAGAAAUCCAGACAAUGGCAUGGCUUGAUGACAUAAUUUUGGAAGAGUUUAGCCAGCACGAACGCAAGCAACUGUUACGAUUUAUCACCGGAUCGUACAUGGUACCUGCAACGCCAAAGAUUGAAGUUUCAUUCACAUUCGCACGGGACGGAAACCGACGUCCAACCGCUACGACCUGUACUAACAAGCUGACUCUUCCGAGCGGAUGCAUGAGCAAAGAGCAACUACUGGAAGGUUUGCGGGACUGUAUUGCGUCAGUGGAUAAUGAAAUGCAGGGCAUUUCCAGUUUAACUGAAUCGUACUGGUACAUGCCGAAGGUGCGGUCCGCCAAUGGCCGGCUACCAUUUCCCGAUGCACCGGAGGAUUUCUUCUACCAUCUCUCACCGCAUACGAAGAAAGAACGCCGCAAAGCCAUCACCACCGCCGAACUGAAGAAGGCAGGUCGUGCCCAGCGGUUAAUGUUCACCUUCCUGCCCAACCCCGGCCGGCUGCAUCACUUCCUCUCCAUCGUCCCGACACAGGCGGUGAAUGACGACGUGGUGGUGAUGCCUUGA